UUUGUCGGACAAACGGAGAAAAACUCGGAACAAUGCACGGCAGUGCGGCCCAACCAAGUAGUCGCGACCGACCAAUACAGGCCACAGGAGAGAUCCAGACCUUCGCACCCCGUGGAAUAGGCGGUAAUCUAUCAAGCCAUUUGGGUUAUUGGAUUUCUACACCAGAUCCGACCACAAGGAUACGCCCCCCACCCGCUCCACGACAUCGAAGCAGGCAAGUGCGAGAGCAUGUUUCGGCCGCGAACGAGGCCUUUGAUGGCGGCCCUGGUAGUCGACGAAGCCGGUGGUGAGCCACCUGUCCUCCCGGAAGCCCCGCCGUCUCCAACGAGGUGUUUCCGCUCGAGGAAUCUCUGGCCGCGCGCGGACGCCGUUUACCGAUCUACACCUUCGCGUCACAGUUCGCCGGGGAGCACGAGCCCGUGCUUUUCGAUGGUGACGGAAACGACAAUCAGAUCCACGAGGCGCUUUCAGCAGAGCAAGUCGCUGACGUGGAAUUUCUGCGCGGGUUGAACCUUCAAGGACUCGAGGCCGGUGGGGCGACUACCGCCCCACACCGGAGGUUCAUGGUGUCUCCAGCAGCUGCAGCAGCCGGCGGAGGUAAAAAGUCAAGAUACGACGAGGACAACCUACCAACCCCCGCCACGCUUGUCGCAGACCUCAAGGAGGCGAGAAAUUUCAAGAGCGCCAUCACCGACAUGGAUGACGACGGUAGUGGCGCCCCCUUGCCUUACCUGGGUUACCUGGUUUUCGCGUGCGCCGACGAGGUUCACGAGGACGACGAAAAUCAGUACAUUUUCGCGACUUCCCGAGGUUUAGCGGAGGCGAUAUCGGAGGAAGAAUCUGAAGUAGUCGACGUGGAGGCCGAUGAAGGUGACAUGGGAGCUGAAGCGAUAGCGGAGGUAGAAUUUGAAGUAAUCGACCCGGCGGCCGAUGAAGGUGACAUGGGAGCUGAAGCGACAGCGGAGGCAGAAUUUGAACUAGACGACCCGGCGGCCGAUCAAGGUGACUUGGGCGCUGAAGCGUAUGGUGAGAUCGCGUUGGGAAGCAGGGCACAGCUCACCGCCCUGAAGCAGCACGUGCUGAAGCGGCGAGUUUUCUAUGUUCUGAUACGUGCGGACCGAAGGCAAUAUGCUGACCCUGACGAUGAGGAUAUGAGCUCUGACGUGAUACUUCUGGCAAUGGGGGUGUCGCCCGCGACCGGAAAUCUUGUAGGUGUCAUCGCAAUCCAAGCAUAUCACAACUUGUGUGACUGAGCUGUAUCGUAAGCCGGGAUUCAGCUGAGCUUGGCCUUGUUAUACCUUACUGACAUGUUUGAGACGCUUGGUACAGAGAACUAACGCAUCACAGAUGCAAGCAUUUUCCGGUUUUUCCAGUGUUUUGAGUUUAUUUGUUGUUUGUCGUCGUUGGUCUAUAGCCUGUUCUGACCUCUAUCGAGGGCCUCCUUGCGACGAAUCCCAAUCCGCUAGAAGAAAAUCUCCGUCGUUCACAUGGCAAGCGGCAUCAGAUUUAACC